GUUUUCAGUUUUCCACCAACCCUUGGCGUAGGCAGUACACGCUUCAUGCUUCGUUCAACCACCAAACCGCGCGCGUUUUCCGUGCUCCUCGAAACUUUCCCAACAUUAUGAACUUUCUAAAACAGCUGUAAACUUGAAAUAUUCGUAGAAAAUCGGUGUUUAUCUGUUAUUAAAUGUAUAUAUGUGUUGUCAAUAAUCAAUUUUAACGAUGUUUCGUAUAAACCUGAAUUUAAAAUAUGUGAUAUUAUUAUUGUUACUAAUAAAUGUUUUAACUGAAGAGAUAUUUCCCAGCGAUCUGCAAAUCAGGCACAGAAGAGCGAGAUUAAUAAGGAACCGGCGACAUGGUAACCAUUUUUUGAAACUUCAAAAGUUUUCCUCCGAUUUUGAAAAUGUAGCUAAUGUAAAUAAAUUUGUGACAGAAUCGACCGAUUCAAUGUAUGAUAAUUCGACUUUAACAAUAACCGAUGAGCAAAUUAUUAUAAAGUUGUCUUCUGAAAGUCCAGAUGCUCACAAAAGUAUCAAGAAAUCGAACCGAACAAAGUCAGAAGGAAACAUAAAUAUAAAAGUAAAUACGAAUUCAGUCAUACAUUCAAAUAAUAGCUGGCAACAUAUUGACAAAACUGUCUUAUACAUGGGAGAGAAACGUAUUUUCAAUAAAGUUGAUAGCGAUGAAAAUGAAACUGCCUCGGAAAUGUUCGCAAAUGCAAACGAUAUAAAUACGUUUAGAGAGUAUAAUUCCGGCGAAAAAUCAUGGAGAAGAACUGAGAGUGGCGGUCAAGCAGACAUUGUAACUCGCUUCCUGCGGAUCGUUGAAUCUCAACAUCUACUUGGAGAGAAUUGCACAGCGGGAACCGAUCUAAACCUAGGCGAAGGAGUGGUAGACAGAUAUGCUCAAGAACGGUUUAGAGUUGAAGCUGAUAUUUGCGUUAAUAGAGCCAACAUGCUGACUCGAAUAUGGAAAUAUGCCGACAGAAAUGCACUUACGUCCGAAGAUUUACUUUAUUCGAUGGUUUAUUCCUUAGUAGAAUUCAAUGACGUUAUAUUCGCUGCGGGGAACUGUUACGACGAACAUCAGUACAAAGAUCAUGUGCUUUUUUGUCCUUACGCUUAUCGUCUGCCCGAGGGAAACAUCUUGGUUAAGGAUCUAUCAGUCGAAUACGAUUAUCUGGGAAACACAUCCGAGUGGUUCUACAUUGCCAGAAAAAACGCCGAAAAAGUCAUUAAGGAAAAUGAACAGUAUACUUAUGGUUACAAAGCUCACAGAUAUAACAGUACAGCUAUGGGCAAUCGAAUUCCUCAAGAAAUAUUGUCAAUACGAUACGAAGAUGGAAAAUGGUCGAAACCAUAUUACGAUUGUGGUGGAGGCAACAUAUGGAUGCUGACGUAUACUGUACCAUUUUUUGGAUAUAGCAACGGCACAUAUUUUUUCAAAGGUACAAGUGGUAUCGACAUCGACUUAAGACGAGUUGACAUCGACCAGUGCCCUUUGCCAAAGGGUGGAACUCAACUCAAUAUUUUCGCCGCUUCCGAUAAAUGCAAAAGGCGAACAACACAGUGCGUUCCAAUUCCUGGAUUAGGAUUCAGACGCGGAAGCUACAAGUGCGUCUGUCGACCUGGAUUCUACUUUCCAGACAUUAAAGCAGAGAGACGUUACUACAAUGGUACCGUUUUGGAAGAAGAGUACGAGAAGCGCAUGCUUGGGGAGCCAAGUCAGUACGAAAAAGAGGGCAUGUUCGAAUGUCUGCCUUGUCCAGAAGGAUGCGAAUCAUGUGAAGAUGAGCGUCCCUGUGUUGUUACAUUGAAUUGGGUAAUGCGGACAGUUAUCCUAGUUCUUUCAUGCGUCGUAAUUUGCUGUUUACCCAUUGUUGUAUUUUUUACGUGGAAAUAUGGUAAUGUGAAGGUUAUUCGCGCGGCUAGUCCAGUGUUACUUAGAGUUAUAGCUUUGGGUGCUUUCUUCAUUUAUAGCACGAUGAUCGUUAUGUAUCCAAAACCAACAAUAUAUACUUGUACAGCUAGAAUUUGGUUAAGAGAAAUCGGCUUCUCCCUUACAUACGGAGCUCUGAUGCUGAAAACUUGGAGGAUAUCCGUUAUAUUUCGUGUCCGUUCUGCCAAAGCAGUCAAGAUUACUGAUACGAAUCUGCUAAAGAGACUUGGCGUCAUUUUGACUAUUUUUACCGCUUUUCUCCUCAUUCGCACUCUCGUCGCACCCCCUGUUGUCAUCGUUGGACGAACCGCUGACGAUCUCAAAGCUUAUCUCUGCAAGACCGAUUGGUGGGAUCACUUGUUCUCCACAUUGGAAGUUCUUUUUUUGGUAUGGGGAAUUAGAUUAUGCAUUGUUGUGAGAAAAGCUCCUUCCGAGUUCAAUGAAAGCCGAUUUAUCUCCAUGGCAAUUUACAACGAGUUCUUAUUAUCCGUUUUCCUGAAUAUAUCGAUGUUGUUCUUACAGAAACCUGCUAAUCCAGAUUUGAUGUAUAUCAUAUUCUUCUGCCACACUCAGCUUACUGUUACUCUACUCCUAUGCUUAAUAUUUGGUAGUAAGGUGUUUAUGGUUUUCAAAAGUAAAGGUCGCGCUGAAGAGAGUUCCAUGGUCUCGAAAACGCCCUCAUCUAAAUUCAUCACCAAACCUCGAUCCGACAAUCCCCAAUACAGCACUAAUUCUUCAACAGGAGGCGGAGCAAUUGAUUUCAGUUACGCAAAGUAUAAUGAGCAAGAUGUUCAAGAAGAAUUCCUCAGACUUUACACGCAACUGGAAGUAUUGCGCGAAAGGAACAUGAGAAUGGGCAAUCGACACUUAGCUUCGAAAAUCAUCGCCAUGCAGGACGCGGCCAGAUCACACGACAGCUCGAUUCUGAACCAAAUACAGAAAUCCAGUUCCAGUCUUGGUAUAAUAGCUGACACGACUUUGGAAAAUGUAUCACCUGUGAAAAUUAAGCGACAGAGCGUUUCGUUCGCAGUAGAGCUGAAAGCUAGUGCUAAUGGAGACACAGCAGAUGUUAAAGUCGAGGAUGUCGAUAAAAAAGAAAACGAAAACGCAGAAAACGAAGCGAAACCCGACAAUGACGAAACCAAUGCAUCGAGUUCUACAUAUCCGAAUACUCCUGAAGUUAAAGUCAAAGACGGCAAAUCCGGUAAUGACACUAACGGUCGUUAUCUAAUGUCUGGACAUGCCAGAACGCAUUCGAUCGUUAUCAAUCUAGAUGAUAAGAGUCGUUUUACCGAUGAAAUAACUGUGUAAUAUGUUUUUGAAUUUACCAUGUACCUGAUGUGAAAUAAAAGGUUGUAUCUAGACCUAGGAAAUGUAAUUUGUUUUAUUAACCACAAAAUUUUACCAAUUUUUGGUGUUUGAAUGAGAAUUAUCGUAAAACAGUGUUAUAAUAUAGGAUUACGCUCUAGAAAGUAAGUAGAUUUAGGAAAUUAUUCUGUAAAUAUAACUUUAUUAAGCGUUGUAAUCCAUAUUGAUUUCUGCUUAUUAUUUGGAAAUAUUAUUUUAUUUUGAUAUAAAUAAGGGUGUUCUCAAACCUAUAGCACUAAAUUCUGGGGGUGGUAGUUUGC